AUGUGUGUAUCCGCAUGUGUGUAUCUCGCAUCUGUGCAUUGUGACUCCCUGGUAUCUGUUCCUAAUGCACAAGCACUUUACUCCUACCAAGUGACUACCCCCUUCUUCUCCUCUCUCUUCCCCAGUUCGCCCCCUUAUCGCCCAGUCAGUUCCACACCUGCUUCUCCACCACAGGCUCACAGAAUCACGCCCCCACAACACUGUCUCCCACAUCCCUCAUACCCGCAUCCUUCUCAUCAAGGCACUGCUACCCUCCUUUCCCCACUUUUUCCCCGAGCUCUGCACCUGCGUUUCCAAUGCACGGACUCGCACCACCCCCCACAUCACGGUCUCCCACAUGCUUCUCAUAUGGCGCUGCCUGUUUGUCCUGCUUUCCUCCCCUCCCCCUCCCCCCCACCUCAUGCAGGCUCUGCGACUCCUACACCAACGUCUGCCCCAAUGACGUCCCCCCCCCCUACACACACUCGCCCCCAUAGCAUAGGCGCACUCUUCACAAAGAGCCAAGGCACUAUCCCUCCCCUCCCCUGCCCCUCCGUUGGUGCCGCACUGCUCUCACCAUCGCUCUCUCCGUACCGCACCUGCUUCUUCCACACCGACUUCUGCCCUGUGGACUUCCCUGCCCACACCUUCACCUCACUCCCCUCCCAGCUCUUCCAGUGCAUCAUUGGGGUCUCUAUGGCGGGCACCUCUCCCCGCCCUGCCUCCAAAUCUCCUCCUGUUGGCCUCUGGGCUGCCACGACACUGCCACUCGCUGUGAGUCCCUCCUGCCCUCCUCUUGCUGGAUAUGUGUUGAGCGGUGGGGUGAAUGGUGAGGAGAAGGGUGGAUGGUGCUCGUGGGUGGGGGGUGCAGAUGGGUGGGGGGUGCAGAUGGGUGGGGGGUGCAGAUGGGUGGGGGUGCAGAUAUGGGUGGGGACAGAUGGGUGGGGACAGAUGGGUGGGGGCAGAUGGGUGGGGGCAGAUGGGUGGGGACAGAUGGGUCGGGGCAGAUGGGUGGGGGCAGAUGGGUGGGGGCAGAUGGAUGCAUAA